AAUAAAGAAUGGUAAACAACAGCUCAGAUGAUGAGAGAGACAGAAGAGUGACGCAUUUGUUCAUUUCGUUAGAGAGAGAGGAGGAUGAGAUGGAAACUCUGAACAAGGUUUAGAGAGAGAAAGUUGGUUUCCAUUUCCAACCUGGCUAGAGAGAGAAAAAGUGAAAUGGAUAUUCAUAUUGCAGGGAGGAAUAGAGAGGUGAGAAACCCUAAAACCCUGAAUAGAGAGAGAAUGCAAGAGAUGGAAAACCCUAGCAUUCUGGUUGGAGAGAGAGAGGAGGAGAUGGAAAGCCCUAAUUCUAUGUUUGGAGAGGGAAAGGAAGCUGUGGAAAACCCCGAUUCUCUGGUUAGAGAGAGAAACGGAGAGAUUGGAAGCCCCAAGGACCCCACAACCCUGGUUGUUAGAGAGAUGAGGAGAGAGACGGAUACGCCUCCUGCUGAUGACUGUUGCCCAAUCUGCUUCGGGAGUUUCACCAUUGCCUGCAAAACAAACUGUGGGCACUGGUAUUGUGGCAAUUGCAUUUUGCAGUACUGGAACUAUAGCGCAGCACCAUCACUUCAGCGUUGCAAGUGCCCUAUUUGCACUUGCCUCAUCAAUAAGUUGACACCAGCAGCAUCAUUAACUCAGCAGGAAGAAGAAGUUAUUAAGGUCCUAAAAAAUGUUGAGAGUUAUAAUCACCUUUUUGUUGGUGGCAUCCACGGCUUCAAUCAGAAAGUGCUUCAGUUGCCACUGGUCAUGAAGAGAAUGUUUCUAGGACUGAUGGAUCCUAGUAGACUCAGAUUAAACUAUUACUUGAUGCGCCAUCUUGCAACAGGUGUGGUAUCUAACAUAAGGUGGCGAAUACUUCCAAUUUUGCUUCUGAGUCUCCUCUACGAGAUGGGCAAUUUUAACUUCAUUCCAUUGGGGCGCAAGGAGAUUUUAAAAUUUUUUGAUUAUUGUGCUAUUGCUCUGGUCAUUGUCCUAUGUUUGGUUGGCUUCUGCCGCAAACAACUACUUAGGCGUCGUGUGAGGCUCUUGGCUGCUGCCCAACAGUGACGUGUUUCAACUGCAAGUUUCUAGUACAGAUAUUCACAGCUUCGUUUUUUGUUUUUUGGCUGCUGCCAAACAGUGAUGUGUUUCAACUGCAAGUUUCAAGUACAGAUGCACAGCUUCCUUUUUGUUUUUUGGUACCCCGGAAUCCAAAGAUUGACUCUUGGAAGUUUACAAGGAUAAAUAGAAGAAACAGUUACAUUCGCUGCUCCUGUUGAGAAGUUUGUAGAAUUUACUUGAAUCAACCCUACAGCUCUGUUAACAUAAGGUCAAGCAUGAAAUAUGUUGUAUAUAAGUUUGAUGAUGCUUAUGCAUUGUUUGUUGUUUGUAUGUGGUUGCUCUAUAUAUAAUAUGAGAGUUCAAGUUUAUUGUUUGAUUA